CGUGGAGAACUGCCAGGGCAGCGUGGAUUCCUCUCGGCUUCACCGUCACCGCGUGCUCCACGUCCCUCGUGCCGCAGCCGAUGGGAUGAGUGGGGCGCUGCCGGGUUAUGGGGCGCUGCUGGGUUGUGGGGUGCUGCCGGGUUGUGGGGCGCUGCCGGUCCCCGAGCUCUCCGGGCAGUGGUGGCCACAUCCCAUGGGUGCUGCCGGGAUCCCAUGGGUGCUCCCGGUCUCCCGUCUUCCUGCGGUGCGGAGGAUGGCCCAUGGGAACGCGGCCGUGGAUCCCAUCGGCUUCCCCUGGAGACGAGGGCAGCCCUGAGGGUUCCGAGCCCUCCCGGCCGCGCAUCCGCCUCCUCAGAGCCGCUCCGGUCGCUCAGGACAUCCCAGUGGUCCUUCCUGGCGGAUCCUCCCGGCGAAGCAACACCUGCAUCCUCUCCCCAUCCUCCCCAUCUCCUCCCAUCGUUGGGAUGAGCUUCCCUUGGCCAUGGGCACCCAACCGGCCGAGCUCCUCCGGGUGCUGUGCCGCCGCCUCUUGCCCGCGCCGGGCAGGAUCGGUCCAAUCCCAGAGCUUCAAACACCUCCUCAUUUCUUUUCCCUCCCUGAGCCGGAGCUGCUCGUGACUAAUUUGGGCUGAAUAGGGGGGGAGAAAAAAAGCAGCGGACGCACAAUGAGCGGCAAAAAGUGUGGGAAAAGGAGCGAAAGAAAAGGAGGGACGGAGCUCGCGGCGUGAGAGCCGGCAGCGGCUGAGCCGGGCCCAAAUGCGGCGUGAAGGCGCGCGGCACGGGGGCCGUGGGGCCGUCCAUGGGAGCGGGCGCGAAGUGCUGUGUUUGGUCUCACCAUUCACCCCUCCCGCCAAUCCCGGCCGCGCUCCGGCCUCACCGCGUGCGUCCCCCCCGGAGCCCCCCGGCAGCGCCUCCUGUGCCCUCCGGAACGACACAAACGAGGAACAAAACAACGAACGAACGAACAGAAAAAGAACCCCUAAGACGUUACGCACAGGACCAAUUACACCGGCUCUGAAGCCCCGGGGCGAGCGCCCAUCGCGUCCCCCGCGCCUUCCCCAUCUCCCAACGUGCCCCAAACACAACACCGGUGGCCGCCAUGGGGGUUGGGGACAGCAGAACCCCCUCCCCAUCCGUCGGGGCUCCGGCACGCGCCGGUGGGUCCCAACCAGACCCCGAGCGGGGUCCCAUGGUGGCUCCGUGCCCAUCCCAGUCCUUUCCAGGCAGCUCCUGGCUCUCCCGGCUCCGCUGCCGGCGCUGUGUCCCGGUGCCGCCGGACGGUGCCGGCGCAUCCUCGCCUGUGUCCGGUGCGCGGGGUCUCGGUGCUGCGCGGCCGCGGUGACGGAUGGAACCGGAGGAGCCCUCGUCCUCCGUGAUGGAUGGAAGCACAACAGGGACCGGCGAAGCCUUUCCAUGAGCGGCACCGUCCCGGCACCACCACGGCGUUGCCCUUCUCCUCCGGCUCCACGGUGGGACGCGGCGCUGCCGGGGGAACGCGGCGCCCCAGAAGGCACUGAAGGUGGGAGAGGGGGUUCGUUCCCCUCCGGCUGCGCCAUCCGUGGAUCCGGUGCAGCGCCAGAGCCGCCACCGCCCCACGGCACCGCCCCACGGCACCGCCCCACGGCGGCGGGACGUGGCGCGAGGGGCCCUAAGUGCUUCGGCGCCCGUUGGGGCGCUCGGGGUUCGGCACGGCCGGGAUUCGGCACCGCCGGCGCCCCGGGAGCGCGGAGCCGGGGGCCCAAGUGCUACGGCCGGCGGUGCCCCCUAAGUGCUACGCGGGUGCGGCCGUGCCGGGCGGAGCGGCCGUGGGGUGACUCCCGCGGGGAGCCCCGGGGUAAGUGCUGGGGUCCUCCCGGGGGAGCCCACGGUUCCGUCGUGGCGCCGGGGUUGGCGGUUGCGUCGGUGCGGCGCGAGCGGAACCAAACCCGUCCCAGCGCCGGGGCGGGAGGCGGAUGUGCCGCGUGCGCGGAAUUCCUCCUUGGAUGGAGUCUCCGGGCUGCGGCCGCCGAAACUGGGGGAGACCCCAACCCCGUCCUCGCCGCACCGAGCGAGGAUCCCCAUCCCUCCGGCAGCGCCCGCGCCACAUCCGACGCGGCGGCGGUGGCGGCUCUGCGGCGUCUCCGGGCUGAAGGAGCCCCUCCGGAGCCGCAGUGGGUGCCGGGGUGGGUGGUGAGGGGCGCGGGGGGAGCCGAGGGCUUCCGCCGCCGCCCGGGAGGGUGA